AUGAGUGAGUGGUUCACCGAGUUUGUACGGACGAACCUGGUUACUCAACAACCUCCACUCCCUCUUACUCCUCAACCGAUCCUUGUUAUUCCUCAAGGUAUGGAACCAAUUCAAGUUAGUAAGCCUCCUGUUGAUAAGAUACGAAAGUCAUAUCAGUCAGUAUUAAAGAAAUCAAAACAACAUCACAACCGUUCUACUGCUUCUGUAGGAUAUUCUAGUAGAGACAGAGGUACCCGACGCUCCAGUCCAAAACCUCAGGCUACAUCUGUAGCAAGCAUGGGUAGUGUCAGAGAUUUUUGGCUCGAGUGCAAGCACUGUAAGAAACCACAUUAUGGCGAGUGUCGAUUAAAGAACAUAGCAUGUUUCAGGUGUGGUUCUUUAAACCGCUAUUUUAGAAAUUGCCCAGAGAAAUCUGAGAAAGAGAAAGCUCAGACCACGAGGUCGAGCAACAUUGCUGCGAGAGGUAGACCACCUCGUAAUCUCGAAAAUAUGAGUGGUAGCUGUGAUGUGAAGAAAAAUUCUACUAUGAGAUCCGAAGCACGAGCACUAGUUAGGCUUAUGCUAUUCGUGCAUGCGAGGAUGCUUAUGCACCAGAUGUUAUUACCAGGUUACAGUUUUUCAGCUGAUUUGAUCCUGAUACCAUUUGAUGAAUUUGAUGUGAUUCUGGGCAUAGAUUGGCUAACUCUACAUGACGCUACUAAAUAUGUGAGAAAAGGUUGCAAUGCUUACAUUGCUUAUGUAUUGAAUACUAAAGCGUCUAAAUCGAAGCUGAAAUCAGUGCCAGUGGUUUGUGAGUACCCCGAUGUGUUUCCAGAGAAGUUACCUGGAUUACCACCAAUGACAGAGGUUGAGUUUGCUAUAAAACUUGUAUUAGAAGCAUCACCGAUAUUGAUAGCACCUUACAGAAUGGCUCUUGCCGAGUUAAAAGAGUUGAAAGCACAGCAGUAA